AGCAUUUCUUGAAAACGAUAGUCAAUAGCAUUAGAAGGAGGAUCAGAUAGGCAGGCGUUGUAACAAGCGACAGCCGCUUUGUGUGUACCUACAGUCGUGAAACAGAAGCAGAAACAAUAAUUCUUUUAUGACUUUACUAAUUGCCUGCCAGGCAGACUCUUGUUCUUUGCUUCUUAUCGUCUCUACUUGAACCGAGAUGUCUAUUCAUAUCGACACCAUCCUGCAACUCACACAGAGUCUGAAGUGAUUGUUCUUUCCCGUCCUCCACCUGAACGGCCAUUUCUCGUAUUUUUCAACACGGAGUUCGAGAUCAUCUAAGAGCGCCGUUAUUUGAUCUUUUGGAGAUCCAUCUAAAGACGUGAAUCACCGCAUGAGAUGCAAUUAAACUUUUGUGUGUCUGAGUCUGUGUCUCUGUGUCUGAGUGUGUGUGUGUGUCUGUCUGUCUGUCUGUCUGUCUGUCUGUGUCUGUUUCUGUGUCUGAGUCUGUGCGUACACAUGUGUAUGUGUGCGUGUGUGUGCACACGUGCACGCUGGACAGAGGAACGCAGUUGACCUAUUACUACUAAGCUCUAGCUCCUUCUCAAGACUUACCUGCGUCCACUCUUAGGCCAGGAUGUGUGCAGAGCACGCGAGGACUUGGCCCUGAUUGAUCUCAAGUUUAUCCAGGACCUCAUAAUACACACUCAGUUCCCAGUUACAUAACUGCUUGUGCUUAUUACUAUUUUGUGUGCAUGGAGGCACUAAAAUAAUUUAGUGCUUAUGGUGAUUUCUUGUUUGUUGGCUUUGUGGAGUGUAAUGAAAUACAUACAUAUUGUGUUUUCAGCAAUCAGAGAGACAUUCAGAGGGAUGGACAAAACAGCAGAAGGAUAUCUACCCAUAAUAAUGUUGCAGGUGCUUCAUGCAGUGUACCCUCAUUAUGCAGAAAAGCAGAGAACGGCGUGUGGAAACAGCAGGAUGCCAAUGAAUUGUGGACACAAGUUGUCAAACUGCUUUCAGAAAAGUUACUCGGUCAGCCUGAUAGGCUUGCAGCUGAUGUUACAGUUGAGGGUGAAACUGCAGAUAUGGCAGUUGAGGCAGCAUCUGUAGCGAAGACGUAUA